AAAUCGGAUCCUAAGCUGCCGUGAAGCCGAUCUCCGCAGGAACCACUCCCACUCUCCAUAAUGUUCUCUAUAAAAGCCAGUCUCGCUUUCAUUUACUCCGUAAGUCUUCAGCUAAAAAACUGAGAGCGAGUGAGAGAGAGAGAGAGAGAGAGGGAGAGAGACAUCCUUAUGAUUAGCAAGAUGCGCGGCUUUAUGUUGUUGUCCAUGAAGAUCGUUGGAGCCUCUGCUGCAGUCUUGACAUCAGCGGUGGCUCUUUGGUUUGCUACCCCGCCGGUAACCGAGUUUCUCGCCGAUGAAGGCCCUCUUUUGUACAAAUCCAUAGCCGCCUGGCUGACUCCGCCCUAUCUCUACUUCAUCAUCAACGGAAUCAUAAUCUCCAUCGCUGCCACCUCCCGGUUCCAGAAGACAGUUGCUGUUGUUGGCCACCCCACUGUUGGCGCAACCCUAUACGCCCCUUCAUCCUCGAUUUCAGUUCAGCCAGACCAGCCCGCGCAGGUGGAUUACAUUUCUAAGUUUACUGAGGAUACGAAUUUAUUGCCAGAUUUCCUCGCUCCGGCCGUUGGCCUUAGUAAAGUUACGUCGUUAUCGGAUUCUGUUGCCGAGACGGAGUUAGAAGAGGAAUUUGUGAUAUCGAGGUCAAGCUGCUCUCCGAAGAGGAGGGGAUCAAGUGAGAAUCUGCAGAAGAAAUCAGCUUCCGGUGCUGGAGGUGGCGCGGCGUCUCGGAGCAUCAAGGCAAGCACUGAAGGCAAGGCUUUGGGCGUAGCGCGGCCGAGGAAGCACGAGACUUUAGAGAACACGUGGCGGACGAUCACUGAUGGCCGCCCGGUGCCCCUCGCUCGCCACCUGAAAAAGGCCGACACGUGGGACAAUCAUAGCCGCGCCAUCACCGCCGUGCCACUGCAGCCGGCUCCACCGGUGAUGCGGAAGGCGGAGGGCAUAGCCGUCCCCCCCGGCGGCGCGCUGUCGCCCGUACGGCGAGAACCGUCUCUUGGGCAGGACGACCUUAACCGUCGAGUUGAGGCUUUCAUCAAGAAGUUUAAUGAGGAGAUGCGGCUGCAGCGGCAGGGAUCGCUACAGCAGGUUUUUGAUAGCAGUUUAUGGAUAUGA